GGCUCCGCCGGAUGCUUCCAUCCGCUGCGGCCAGAAGCGCCUCUGGACAGAGCUGCCCCGGCCACUCGCGGCGCACCCGGGCGGGAGGAGCCGGUCAUGCAGGAGCCGCUGCUGGGAGCCGAAGGCCGGGACUAUGACACCUUCCCCGAGAAGCCGCCCCCGUCACCAGGGGAGAGGACACGGGUCGGGGUCCUGCAGAACAAGAGAGUGUUCCUGGCUACCUUCGCUGCUGUGCUGGGCAAUUUCAGCUUCGGGUAUGCCCUGGUCUACACGUCCCCCGUCAUCCCCGCGCUGGAGCACUCCUCGGAUCCAAACCUGAAUCUGACCAAAACCCAGGCAUCCUGGUUCGGGUCCGUGUUCACCCUGGGUGCGGCGGCCGGGGGACUCAGUGCCAUGGUCCUCAAUGACCUCCUGGGCCGGAAACUCAGCAUCAUGUUCUCAGCUGUGCCCUCGGCAGCCGGCUAUGCGCUGAUGGCAGGCGCCCACGGCCUCUGGAUGCUGCUUCUGGGAAGGAUGCUGACGGGCUUCGCAGGGGGGCUCACAGCUGCCUGCAUCCCGGUGUACGUGUCUGAGAUUGCCCCCCCCAGCGUUCGCGGGGCCCUGGGUGCCACACCCCAGCUCAUGGCGGUGUUCGGGUCACUAUCCCUCUAUGCCCUUGGCCUGCUGCUGCCCUGGCGCUGGCUGGCCGUGGCCGGGGAGGGGCCGGUGCUCGUCAUGGUCCUGCUGCUCAGCUGCAUGCCCAACUCCCCUCGCUUCCUGCUCUCCAAGGGCAGGGACGCGGAGGCGCUGCAGGCGCUGGCCUGGCUGCGAGGGCCCGAUGCCGACACCCACUGGGAGUUCGAGCAGAUCCAGGACACCGUCAGGAGACAGAGGGAAGAAGGGAGCCUCCUACCUAGCCCCAGGCAGCCCAGGCCAGGGUGGCUCCAGCCGGAGGGGCCGGCACAGCCCCCCGCAGCGGCAGCCUCGUGUCUCCAGAGCAGCCACCUGUCGUGGGCCGAGGCCCGGGACCCCCACAUGUACCGCCCCAUUGCCAUCGCCCUGCUGAUGCGCUUCCUGCAGCAGCUGACGGGCAUCACGCCCAUCCUCGUCUACCUGCAGUCCAUCUUCGACAGCACCGCGGUCCUGCUGCCCCCCAAGGUUGACGCCGCCAUCGUGGGCGCCGUGAGGCUCCUGUCCGUGCUGAUCGCCGCCCUCACCAUGGACUUGGCCGGCCGGAAGGCCCUGCUCUUCGUCUCAGCGGCCGGCAUGUUUGCUGCCAACCUGACCCUGGGGCUGUACGUGCAUUUUGGUCCGAAGUCUCUGGCCCCCAACAGCACCGUGGGCCUGGAGCGCGAGGCCCUGGUGGGCACAGAGCAGCCCCUGGCCACGCCCACCAGCUACCUCACCCUGGUGCCCCUGCUGGCCACCAUGCUCUUCAUCAUGGGCUACGCCAUGGGCUGGGGCCCCAUCACCUGGCUCCUCAUGUCGGAGAUCCUGCCUCUGCGGGCCCGCGGCGUGGCCUCAGGGCUCUGCGUGCUGGUCAGCUGGCUCACCGCCUUUGCCCUCACCAAGUCCUUCCUGCUGGUGACGAAUGCCUUCGGCCUGCAGGCCCCCUUCUUCUUCUUCGCUGCCGUGUGCCUAGUGAACCUGGCCUUCACCGGCUGCUGCGUGCCCGAGACCAAGGGCCGGUCGCUGGAGCAGAUCGAGUCCUUCUUCCGCACCGGGAGGAGGUCCUUCCUGCACUAGGGAGUGGCCCCACUGGAGGGGGCCCUGCUGGAGAGGGCGGUGGAGCUGGGCUCUGGCCCCAAACCUGCACCCUGCAUCCAGGAGGCAGCAGCAACCCGCUGCCGACGGCCCAGGCACAGGAGGGCGGCCCAGAGGCCUGACAGCCCCCGGAACACGCGCGGGCCCUGGGCAGGCAGCACCGCCGUCCAGCGGCAUCACACACUCAUCCGCCGGACCUGCCGGCAGAGGCGGCCAUCACACGGCCUCGGGCCAGGGACAAGGCCUUGCUAGGAGACCUCGUGCUGAGAACAGACGGGGACGGUGCUGGUGGACUGGCUCUGCACAGGGACGCCGCCACCCCGUCUGGUGCUCCCAUUGCCUGGUGGUCGCACGGGGACCAGGACAGGAAGCUGCACCCGUGAGGCCUGUGGACACCACAGGGGACGCGCUGGACGCCCACCGGCCAGGACACGGGACCCAGCGUGGACUCUGCCUCCUACGCCCGCCCCGCUUCCGGGAACAGGAUGCGCUUGAGGGCGAGCUCUGUUCACCCUAUUUAUACCAAUAAAUGAGAGGAGGGA